AUGCAGAGAUCUGUAGAUAGACUGAGUGUCGAAAUCACUGUUGCUCGGGCUUUCGACAUAGCUAAAGUGAAGGGCUGCUAUUCGCAUUGCACAGCUGAUGAAAGCAAUGAGUACUUGGAACGCAUCGAGGACGAUGUACACCAGGCACAGGAUGACAGUAUCAUAUCCGAAGAUACUCAAAGAACAGUCUCAGAAGAGGUGGCAGAUUGGCUCGAGUCUCAGGAAUGCAACGAGUUUUGGAAGGCCGGGCUACGGCAGCCGCGUCUGGUAAUACCCAGUGCACGUCAGUUGGCCAGACAUAUCAAGACAAGUACCACUCUCCAAGUUACACCCUGUAGCGGUCGCAUUUCAUUUGAGGCGCUUUUACAUUUGAUCGCCUUAGAGCUACUAGCAACUUGCUACACAUCUUCAUCAGGCUCAAUCGCAAGCUGUGUUCCUCUCCUGGAACGAUGCAAAGAUACGAAACCUACUACAGCACUGCGUGCAUAUUCGAAAUCUCUAUUUUCUCCAGCUUUUGGUCACCACACUCGCCCAUCUUCAGAAAUAGGUUCUUUCCCGUGUCUUAGUAUGGGACUAUCGCUGAAAGACAAAAUAGCGGAGCAUGACAGUCGUAGACGCCGGCAACAGAACGACCAGGAACAGCAUGUUUUGGAUCGCUCUGGAACUGAUUGGACAGAUGGACCGCCCCCAGAAGCGAUGCGCAUAGGGCCAGACCGCAAAUUGUCAAAGGCCAGCUCGAGAUCUUCGGCGGGACACAAGCCAGGGUUUUUCUCACAACUGAUAUGCCAAAAGUGGGCUGAGCUUAAGCCUCGUCAACAUGAUGACCAAACGCCCUCUCUUGAAAACAUUGAUGCACGACCUAUACAGCGUAUGCCAUUCAUAACUUACCUUUGUCCUACACAAUCUGCGCCAUCAGUUGCGGUACAGGAAGAUGUGUCCAUUCAGAACCCUUAUACCUCGAGGCGAUGUAGCUCUGAUCCAUCUGAUGGCACUCUUCUCACCCAUCGCCUCCAGAUCCCCGAGAUCCAGCGCAUCUCAGAAUCGACAGAUGGGAGUCAGUCUCAGGGCUCGUCGACAGCCGACUCCUUACAUGCUUGCGAACGCGGCGACCUCAUAGUUGCUCAUGAUCACUUUGUCGACACUCCAGAUGGGCCGUAUACAGCACGUCAGCAGCAGAAUCAAUGGAAGAAUCUGCGUUGGCGACACAUCGAUACUAUUUUCCUAUCCCCACCUGCUGCUUUCUUGACAGCGAAGCCUACUCAGUCAAGCCAGAUUGUUUCACAGAGUGACUACUUCGGGCAUGUUCAUAUUGGCAGACGCACGACGGAUGAGAAAGAGGAGCAUGGUAUUGCUGCAACUGGAAAUCAUGGCAUACACUCUACAAUCAACGACAGUAUCGAGGCCCAAUUUCCUAUAGAAGAGUUGGGCGGUAGUGACAGAUUGAACCAAAAGAAGCCGAGAGGCGUCAGCGAAUCGUCGAGGCCGGGAUGUGAAUUUCGGAGGCCGUCUCGGGGUAAAAUAAGAGAAGAACUCGAUCAUUAUUCUGCAAAGGUAGGUUGGUAA